AAAACCCUAAUUCACUUUAUAAGUGUCAUGUUUUUUAUCUUAACAAUGGCUUCUCUAGGGUUUCAGCCACCAGACUCAAACAGAGAGUGAAAAUGCCGGCGGGACACGGAGUGAGGGCGAGAACAAGAGAUCUGUUCGCGAGACCAUUCAGGAAGAAGGGUUAUAUUCCACUCUCCACUUACCUCAGAACCUUCAAGGUCGGCGAUUACGUCGAUGUCAAGGUUAAUGGAGCUAUCCACAAGGGUAUGCCUCAUAAGUUCUACCAUGGUCGUACUGGUCGCAUCUGGAAUGUCACUAAGCGUGCCGUUGGUGUUGAAGUCAACAAACAGAUUGGGAACAGAAUCAUAAGGAAGAGGAUACAUGUGCGUGUGGAGCAUGUGCAACAGUCAAGGUGUGCUGAGGAGUUUAAACUCAGAAAGAAGCAGAACGAUGUGCUUAAGGCUGAUGCUAAAGCCAGAGGAGAGACUAUCAGCACCAAGAGACAGCCUAAAGGUCCUAAACCGGGUUUCAUGGUCGAAGGUAUGACAUUGGAGACUGUCACUCCCAUUCCUUACGAUGUUGUCAACGAUCUCAAGGGUGGUUAUUGAGUUUUUUCCAUUUUAUUAUCAUUCUCUACUCAGAAUUUUUGCACUUGCUUUUUUAAUGAUGUUUUUGUAUCAAUUAAGACUAAUUUCUAUAUGGUAUGAAAGUGCAAUUCAGAUUUUGUUAUUAAGAUUGCUUAUCAUAAUCAUUUGCUUAUUGCAUUUGUUUGUUUCUGAAAUCAUUUAUGCAUCCUUAGUUAAAACUGAAAUGUUUAUCAGUAAAUCAUAUAAUGCUAGUAUCAUAGUAUGAGACAUUUUGAUUGUUGUUGAGUAGUCUUU